GAAAUAGUACAGAAAAAUAGAGUUUUAUUUUCUCUAUCAUUUCAUAUAAAAAGAAAAUUUUCUCAAGCCUUCUAUACGACAAUAAUGUACCUCCGCCACUACUUUUGGGUACCCCUAAGUAGAUCAAUCGAAGCUUUUCUUAAUAUAAUAUUAAUCGAAUAAAACUGAGAAAUCUUUGAAUUUCUUUUAGGUCCCAAUGAUAUUCAAGUUCGUCUUAUCUGCAUUCCAUAUUUUGCUCAAUCAAAUUCAUGUAUUGCACUGAAUUUACGUACACUUGAAUGUUAUGAAAUAUCAUUUCAAAACGAAAUACCACAAAUAAUUGAAUGA